AUGGACUACUAUUUACUGUUUGUUGCUCUGUGCACGCUGUGCAAUGACUGUACUGGUUCCCCGUUGCACAAGCAAGCUUCAGUCCCUGUACCUAGUGACAAAUUGCCCUCAAAGAGUGCCGAGGUGGGCGAUGACUGCAUUGGCGAUUUUGCCAUCGGGGAUCGUAUCUGGGUGAAUGGUGUGAAGCCUGGCAUCAUACAGUUCCUUGGGGAAACCCAAUUUGCUCCCGGAAAGUGGGCAGGAGUUGUCCUCGAUGAGCCUGUGGGCAAAAACGAUGGGUCAGUCGGCGGCGUGCGGUACUUUGAAUGCGGAGCUUUACAAGGCAUUUUCACCCGACCCUCAAAGCUGGCACUUCGCCCCUCGAGUGACGGCGCUGGAAGUGAUGCCCAUUCCGGAGACUCCGUUACAUUUCCAGCCGCAGCCUCACAGCAUGGUACUGCCACCCCGCCACUAUCAACCCAACGCAUCAACUGCGCAAUCCCCCUGAGGGAAAGCAUUUUGAACAGUUCUAUGAAAACGGGGAAUGAGUCAGGAUCAAACCUAUCUGACAGUGGAUCCGUAAAGAAAGGGGACAAGGACUUGAGGUGUGGGGAUCGUGUUCUGGUGGGUGGCACCAAAACUGGAGUUGUAAAGUAUGUCGGAGAGACGGAUUUUGCAAAGGGAGAGUGGUGUGGAGUUGAACUGGAUGAACCACUGGGAAAAAAUGAUGGCGCUGUCGCUGGCACAAGAUACUUCCAGUGCCCGCCCAAGUUUGGUCUCUUUGCUCCCAUUCACAAGGUGAUGAGGAUCGGCUUCCCGUCCACCACACCAGCCAAAACCAAGAAGAGUAAGAGGAUGGCCAUGGGGGUCUCGGCCUUGACACAGAGCCCAAGCAGCUCUUCGAUAAGUUCAGUCAGCUCCGUGGCUUCUUCUGUGGGGGGCAGACCGAGCCGCACCGGGCUGCUGACUGAGACAUCCUCUCGCUACGCCCGGAAGAUCUCUGGCACCACCGCCCUGCAGGAAGCCCUGAAGGAGAAGCAGCAGCACAUUGAACAACUGUUGGCCGAGCGAGACCUGGAGCGCGCUGAGGUCGCCAAGGCAACCAGCCAUAUCUGUGAGGUGGAGAAAGAGCUGGCACUCCUGAAGGCCACACAUGCACAGUACGCGACAGAGGCUGAGAUGAACCUACAGAUUGUACGAACCAGGCUAAACAACGCUGAGAAACAAAAACUGGAACUGUUAAACACACUGGAAGAGGAGAAGAGGAAAAUUGAGGAUCUCCAGUUCCGAGUGGAAGAAGAAUCAAUUACCAAAGGAGAUUUAGAGACUCAAACAAAGUUAGAGCAUGCCCGUAUUCGGGAGCUUGAGCACAGCCUGCUGUUUGAAAGGACUAAAGCUGGAAAACUCCAGAAGGAGUUUGAAGACACUCGGCUCACAACGGUAGCUGAAAAGUCCAGGAUUGUCCAGCUGGAGGAUGAACUGAAUUUGAAGAACAGCGAAAUUGAGGAACUGCAGCAGAGGCUGAGAAACUCAGACAAGUCAGACACACCAGAGCAGAGCCUCAGUCUGCAGUCAGAGGUCUUCAAGUUACGAGACCAGCUAUCGGCGGUCAACAAAGAGCACCAAAGUGAGACCGUCUUACUGAAGGAAAAAUAUGAGGCCAGGUUGCGGGAGUAUCAGGAGGAAAUGGAAAAGUUGAAGGCCACUAAUGAGAAAUACUCGCAGGAUAUCAGUGACCUCCGACAGAAGCUCCACCAAGCAACUAAGGAAAACAUGGAGAUGAUGGAUAACUGGAAGAACAAACUGGACACUUUAGUAUCUGACCAUCAGAAGUCUCUGGAGGAACUUAAAGUCUCAUUGAUUGCAGGUAGUGAUGUUCAGAACAGUGAGCUGGUCGAGCUAAGAGCCACUAUAGAAAGCCUGAAGAUGGAGCACCAACUCGAGUGGGAGAAUCUGAAAGCCAAGCACGAGAUUGAGAUGGCACUGCACAUCAAGGAGAAAGAGGACUUCAAAGUUAAGCUGCAAGAAGCCAAAUACGAACUGGAAGAGUGCAAUGCAAACUGGCGGAACAAACUGGAGGUUACGACAUGUCAGCACAGGCAAGAGCUCCAGGUGACCGUCGAUCAGCUCCGAAAUGCUGAGCUGAGAUUUAGUGAGCAGGAGAAACUUCAUGCUGGGUACAAAGACCAGGCACAGGCCAUCAGCUUCUUAAAGGAGCAGAUAGCUGCAGCCGAGAGAAAAAUGACAGACUACGAGGCGCUCCAGAAGUCUGAGAUCCAACACAAGCAGGAAUUUAAGAGCCUUCAGGAGAAGCUGCAAGCACUAGAAGCUCACCAUUCUUCUGAAGCCAUUGACAGCAAUAACAUCUUGAAAGAGAAAAUGAAAAUGAAACAGUCAAUAGAAGACUUGUUAGACAAACUUGGUAAAAGGGAAAAGGACGUUUCUUCAAUGUCAUCACAGAUCGAGUUACUAAAGACACAGAUUGUUGCUCUAGAACACAAGUCAAAAUCUUCCGAGAAAAAGGCCGACGCGACAACAAAGGAGAAAGCCAAGCUGGAAAUGGAGCUGGAGGCCCUGACCCGUAAAUCCCAUGAUGCUUCGGGACAGCUGGUCAUCAUUAGUCAAGAGCUGCUGAAGAAGGAACGGAACCUCAACGAACUGCGCUCUUUGCUGUUGGAGACCAAUCGUCACUCCAGCGGAGGGGAAAAGGACCUCAGCCGUGAAGUUCACAAAGCUGAGUGGAGAAUGAAGGAACAGAAACUACAGGAAGACAUCAAAGUUCUCCGAGAGAAACUAUAUGGUCUGGGUACUGAAAAAUACAAGCCCGACCAAAAGCGGCGCCCAUCCUCUCUACAGGACACAGAAACCGACACGGAGAUUUGCAAACUGCAGCAAAGGCUGGUUAACACUGAGGAGGCCCUGCGGAGUGCACUGGAGCAGAACCAGCAAAUGGAGAGGCUGAUGGAAGCCAUGCAGACUCUCGAUAGCGCAGGCUCUGCAAAUGGAGUCCAUCAGCGAGGCCAGCUUGAGGCAAUGACGGAUAGCAGAUGCUUCAAACAAGAGUUGCAGCAUAUGGCACCAUUGGCAAGCACCAUCCACAAAGACAGCGGGUAUAUGGUCACUGGCAGGCGACAUGAUGGGGAAGGCUACAAUCCUAGUGAAGUGACAUACUCGGGCUCUCUGGAGACCGGGAAUAAAAUGUAG